AUGGCAAAACAUAAAAUUAUAGUGACGAGUGAUGAAGAAGAUGAUGAACCACAAGUUCAACCUCAAUCGCAAUCGCAGUAUACUGAAUCUCAAGAUGUUUAUGACGAUGAAGACGAAGAUAUUGAAGAACCAAAUUUAGAUGAUGAUGAUGAUGAUGAUGAUGAAGAAGAAGAUUUAGAAGAAGAUAAUGAUCAACUGGAAUUUAAUAAUUAUGAGUCACAUUAUGAAGCAAAUGAUCAAUUAGCUGUUUCUAGUGAUGCUGAAGAUAAUAAUAAAUUAGAAGCUUCUGAUAUGAGUGAAGAUUUAGAAUUAAGACCAGAAGAAGAUGAUGAAUAUGAUGAAGAAAUAGAAGUUAGACCUCCUCCACCAAGAAAACUCAAAAUAACAAUUAAACCACCAUCCAGAAAAGAUUCAGAUGCUAAUGCUAAGGAAGGUGCAUCAAGAAAUACCAGAAAAAGACAAGUAAAUUAUUAUAAUGAUGAGGAAGAAGAAGAUGCAGAAGAAGAAAAUGAAGAAGGAGAUGAAGAAGAUGAAGAAGAAGAAGAAUUUGAACUGGCUCCACAACAAGCAUCAAAGAAACUUAAAAAGAUGAAAAUAAUACCACCACAACCUCGACCUCAACCACAAGAUUUAAAUCCAGAUUUAUUAUUAACUGAUGAAGAAAAUGAAUAUAAUCCACAAGCUAAUCCUCCUGAUGUUUCAAGAAUGACUGAACGACAAAGAGCUAAACUUAAUACUGAAGCUGAUCAAUUUAUAGAAUUAGAUGAUAAGGGUAAACUUUCAAAAUCGAACAAAAAGAAACAGCAACAACAAAAAAUAAUUGAAACCGAAGAAGAAAUUGCAUUAAGAAAAGCUGAAAAUGCAAGAAAAAGAUUAGACUACAAAAAUAAGAUAUUAGAAGAAGAGAAAAGAGAUACAUUAAAUAAAUUAUUAAAAAGAAGAGCUACAAAAUCAAGAGAAAUUAUAAGUGAAGAUAAUGGUAAUAAUGAUGGAACAGAAUCAAUAAAAUCAAGUUAUAAAGAAAGAAGACCAAUGUUACAUCAUCCUGCUUUAAUAAGAUAUGUUAAUAAUACAACUACAUUGAAUGGUAAUUCAAUAAUAGCUUAUAAAUAG